AUGCCCUACGAUGACAAUGAUGAUAAAAAAGAUGAAGAUAUUGUAAGCGAUGAAAAUAAUAAAAAUUUUGAGGUUAUAGGCGUUGAAAAAGUUGUUUUUAACGCUAAAUCAGAUAUUAUGAUACAAACAAAUUGUCCUUUACCUGGUAUAUCACAAGCAGACUGGUUUCAUUACUAUGAAAUAACAAUCUUGUCAAACCCGAAUAAUGAUGAAACAAUAAUUGCAAUCGGUCUUGCACCAAAAAAUUUUCCGACUAAUAGAUUACCCGGAUGCAAUACAGAUUCUAUUGGAUUUCAUUCAGAUGAGGGUAGAAUAUUUCGCAAUGAAAAGUAUACAGGAUCAACAUAUGCCGAAAAAUGGGGAAAAGUGAAUGAUGUGAUAGGUUGUGGCUAUUAUCCAAAUAAUAGACAAGUUUUCUUCACAAUAAAUGGUGAAAAUUUGGGUAUUGCUUAUACCGGUUUGCUUCAUAAUAUAUUGUAUCCUACAAUUGGUUCUAACGGACAUUGUAUUUUAAAAGUUAAUUUUGGUCCAGAAUUUGAGUAUAAAGAAGCUAAUAUUAUGAGUGUUGCUUCUAAAAAGUUAUUGAAUGCUUCUAAAAAGUUAUUGAAUGAGAAUGAGAUUCCUUAA